AUGCAAUCUCAGUGGGUAUUUCCGAUAUCAGCUCUCCAGCUGACCCCGAGUGUUGUCACAUCAUCAUACACGGUCGCGAAGGAGUUGUAUGAUCGAUCUAGGGGCGUCGAAUUUUUGUUCCGUUUGGGUUCUUCUCUUGGACUGCCCACUUCCGCCAUGUUCACAGCCGCGACCUGGUUUCACCGCUUUUUUAUGAGAUAUUCCAUGGAAGAUUAUCACAGACAGGACGUGGCGGCUUCUUGUAUAUUCCUUGCAACAAAGACGGAGGAAUGUGGACGCAAGCUUCGCGACGUCGCAAGAGUGUGUCAGGCUAAGAUUACAGGGAAAGAUGUCUCCCUCAUACACAGCGAGAGCCCAGCAUGUAACAUGUUUUCGUUGCUCCAACUUGAGCUCAUCUAUACACAGGAAGUCGAUCAACUACAAAACGUUAUUCUUCUCACGGAAGAAGUCCUCCUCGAGGCACUUUGCUUUGAUUUCGUAGCCCCGAGCCCUCACGCCGAGUUAAUCGAUCUUUUCGAUGCCUACCAGGAAGACACUCGAGUUCACGAUUACGCGUGGAGUAUUGCUCAUGAUUCUUAUCGGACACCAUUAUGCAUCUUAUUCCCUCCUCGUAUCAUCGCAUGUACUUGCUACGUUCUGGCGCAGCGAGCUGUUGAUGGGCCUCAUUCAGCGUCCCUGGAUGCCCGAAUCUCCGCAUCUCCGCCUUCAGCAUCCCUUCCGACACCUCCUUCUCAUAAACCCGCUUCACCUGAUGCUUCUCGCUUCGCAGUUGAAUAUUACGGGUUCACAGAAGAUGACAUAGCCAAGGUCUCAGAUGCCUUGAGCAUACUGCUUGAAUAUUAUUCAGCUCAAGACAUGCAGAACGCGCCUCAUGUAGCGCCUUUAACUAUGAUUUCCCCUCCCACAAGUUCUCUGCGCCCAACUCUUUAUGAACCUUUCUCUCAGGUUCCACAGCUAUUAUCGCAAUCGGCAUCUUUCCCCCCCGCAGGCACCAGUAACAGAACACCAAUUUCAUCAUACGGGGGUAAUACGCCCGCCAAGACACCAUUGCACGUUGCUGAACAGCCGGAAAGAGCCAUCCCAGAAUCAGCAAAGAAAAUAAUAGGCCGCUUGGAUCUUAGCUAG